GUCAGACUGUCGCUUUGUCGUUCGCGGAUAGAUUCUCUUAUGGGUCACUCGUGGAUCAACGUGCUAAAGUACCAAUGAUCAAGCCGACGGGCCUGAGGACUCUCAUAACAUGGACCAUCCAUGACAACAUAUCUGGAGAUGCUCUUCAUCUUUCUCGACCUUUUGGAACACAGGUUGUAAAACAAAAGCAUUCCUCAAUGCCCAAAAUCUCCAACUCUUCAACUCUUGCAGUCUUCUCCCCAGAAGCAUAUCAAAGGUUUCUUCUUCUCCGCCGAAAAUCAAAACCCAUUUCAUCCUCCUCCUCCUCCUCCACAUCAUCAUAUCCUGUCCCAACCCAGGAGCAGAUUGCCCAUUUGAUACUAAACCAGAAAUCGGCCUCCCAAGCCCUCGAAACCUUCAGAUGGGCUUCCAAACUCCCCCACUUCAGCCACUCGCAGUCCACCUACCGUGCUUUAAUCCGCAAUCUAUGUGCUUUCCGUCGCUUUGAUACUGUAAAGGAUCUGCUCGACGAAAUGCCCAACUCAAUCGGGUCACCCCCAGAUGACGACAUUUUCGUAACGAUCAUCCGUGGUCUCGGGCGGGCACGUAUGGUUAAGCAAGUGAUCAAAGUGGUUGACUUGGUUUCUCAGUUUGAAAAGAAACCGUGUUUGAAGAUUUUCAAUUCAAUACUAAAUGUUCUUGUCAUGGACGAUAUUGAUUUGGCUAGAUGGUUUUAUAGGAAGAGAAUGAUGGGAAGUGGUGUUGAAGGCGAUGAUUACACUUUUGGGAUCUUAAUGAAAGGGCUUUGCUUGACUGAUAGGAUUGGUGAUGGCUUUAAGCUAUUGCAAGCGAUGAAGUCAAGGGGAAUUACACCAAAUACCGUAAUUUAUAACACAUUACUUCAUGCACUUUGCAGGAAUGGGAAAACUGGGAGAGCAAGGAGCUUGAUGAAUGAAAUGAAGGAGCCCAAUGAUGUGACUUUUAAUGUCUUAAUAUCUGCUUACUCUAAAGAAGAGAAUUUGGUUCAAGCUCUGGUUCUGUUGGAGAAGUGCUUCAGUUUGGGGUAUGUGCCCGAUGUUGUUUCAGUAACUAAGGUUCUGGAACUUCUCUGCAAUGUUGGUCGUGUAACUGAGGCUGUUGAGAUUUUGGAGAGAUUGGAGAGUAAGGGAGGUGUGAUUGACAUUGUGGCUUAUAAUACUUUGAUAAAGGGUUUUUGUAGAUUAGGGAAAAUGAAAGUGGGGUAUUCCUUUCUGAUGGAGAUGGAGAGGAAGGGCUGCCUUCCAAAUGUAGACACCUACAACAUUUUGAUCUCUGGAUUUUGUGAGUAUAGGAUGUUGGAUUUGGCUCUUGAUCUGUUUAAAGAGAUGAAAACAGAUGGGAUUAACUGGAGUUUUGUUACAUACGAUACACUAAUUAAAGCUUUGUGUUCAGGAGGCAGGAUGGAAGAUGGGUUUAAGAUUUUGGAAUUAAUGGAGGAGAAUAAGGUGGGAUCUGGGAUUCGUAUUAGUCCUUAUAACAGUGUGCUAUAUGGUCUGUAUAAGAAAAAUCAGUUGGAUGAAGCACUCGCAUUUCUGACCAUGAUGGGGAAGUUAUUUCCUAGAGCUGUUGAUAGGAGCUUGAGCAUUUUAAAUUUCUGUGCGGAGGGAGCUAUUGAGGAUGCAAAGAAGGUUUUUGAUCAGAUGCUUGGAGAAGGGGGAGCUCCAAGUGUUGUUGUUUAUGAUCAUUUAAUCUAUGGAUUUUGCCAACGAGGAUGUGUGCGUGAAGCGUUUGAACUGGUGAAUGAGAUGGUUCAUCUUGGUUAUUUUCCAGUUGCACCAACAUUCAAUGCCCUGAUCAGUGGGUUUUGCAGGCAGGGAAAAGUUAGCAGUGCUUUGAGGCUCAUGGAUGACAUGGUUGGGAGGGGUUGCAUUCUCGAUAUAACAAGUUAUAAUCCAUUGAUCGACACUCUUUGUAGAAAGGGAAAUUUUGACAAGGCUUUGGAGCUAGUUUCACAUAUGGUACAAAUGGGGAUCGUCCCUGAUUAUUCAUCGUGGAACUCUUUGCUUCUUUGUCUGUGCCAAGAAACCAGCAAUAACAUGUUCCAAGUAACUCACUUGUUGCAGCAGAUUGCUGAGACGUGAAUUAAUUUAUGGGUUUUGCUUA